AUGUGGCUAUACAGAAGAACAAGCUCCUUUCUUUUCGGAUUCGUGGACACGAUUAAGAAGAAGCUUGGGGUUUCGGAGUCUGCUUUUGUGAUCACAGCGAAAGUAGCUGAAGAAGAAGCAGCAGAGAGGUACGAGAAAGAGGUAAUGGAAUUCAGAGUGGAGUCUCUGAUGUUUCUCCUCCUCGGAACACUCGGGAUGCUCAAUCUUUUCUGUUUGGCCGCAUCGAUUAUGAGACUGGUGAUGACUUCUAGAGAGGCUGGAGGAGAUGUACAGACAAUGGGCAUGUUGUUUAGGAGAGACAGAGGGAAGAUCCCUACAACCAUGACAGUUAAAUCAUUUGUCUUAGCUUUGUCUGCUUGGACUUGUGCCGCAUUUUUGUAA